CUUGGAGAGUAUUACAGUUGGGAGGUUCUGAGCUGGAUGCAGUUGAGAGAGGCUGUGGUCAGUGUGAGGUUGACCAAUGUGAUGGGAGUGUGGGGUAUGGAGGAAGCCCAGAUGAAAGUGGAGAAACAACGCUAGACGCAAUGAUUAUGGAUGGCAACACUAUGGAAGUUGGGGCAGUUGCAGAUCUCAGACGUGUAAAAAAUGCCAUUGGUGUAGCACGAAAGGUCAUUGAAUACACUAAGCAUACAUUAUUAGUGGGAGAAUCAGCCUCCUUGUUUGCUGUAAGAAUGGGGUUUCCAUAUGAAGAUUUAACUACCCAAACAUCUCUUUCGGUGUAUUCAAAGUGGCUUAAUCAAAGCUGUCAGCCAAACUACUGGAAGAAUGUUGUACCAGACUCUUCAAAAUCCUGUGGACCAUACAAACGGCCUGAAAAAGUAACUUAUAAAGAAGAAAAGACCAUCUCACAAAGAAGAGUUCAUAAUCAUGAUACUAUUGGUAUGGUUGUAAUCGGUGGGAGCGGAACUGUUGCUUCUGGGACAUCUACUAAUGGUGCAGUCCACAAAAUUCCAGGCCGUGUAGGAGAUUCUCCAAUAGCUGGAGCAGGAUCUUAUGCGGAUAAUACAGCCGGAGGAGCUGCAGCCACUGGGGAUGGUGACAUCAUGAUGCGCUUCUUACCCAGUUAUCAAGCUGUGGAGUAUAUGAGAAUGGGAACAGACCCAGCAGUAGCCUGUCAGAAAGUUAUUUCCAGAAUCCAGAAGUAUGCUCCAAACUUCUUUGGUGCUGUUAUAUGUGCCAAUACAACUGGAAGCUAUGGUGCUGCAUGUAAUAAAAUUCCAGGAUUCACUCAGUUUCACUUCAUGGUUUCUAGCCCUUUGCUAAGUCAGCCAACUGAGCAAGUAGUAGAUUGCAUUUAGUUUCGUUUGUCCUGUUAAUAUCUGAACUUGGAGGAAAGUGCUAAGAUUCCCCAGGUGUUACUUUUUGAAAAGGUUGUUCAUUUUCACUGUUGCAUAAUCAUGUGAACAAGUUCAAAGGUAUGUUGAUG